AUGGACUCUUCACCUUUAAUCAAGGCGCAUGAUCAUGCACGAGCUGCUGCUGCAGCCACGCAUACGGCCGACUCUACCGUCGCCAUCAACGAGCACACUCUCGCUGCCGGCGAGUUCUCAGCCGCAGCAAAGUCUACAAACAGCGUCGAGGCUCUGAGGACACUCAAGCUUCUGGAACAGCACCACCAGAGGCUGUCCGAGCUGAUCAAGUUCUCCAUCGAGCACCCGCUUCCGACCCACGGAGCCGACAAGGAACCAUCAGAGACAGGGGAGAAGGAAACUGCGGGCACCCAUGUUGGUGAUGCUGCAGUUAAAGAUGCCAAGUCUGAGCAGGCUGUUCUCUCUGCCGCCUCCAAAGCCGCUUCGCCGGUGGCUCCCGUAUCACAGCAGCGACGAUACCCUCCCAGCCGCGAGCUGUCGUCCUCGAUUGCGAGCAACCUGGCUUCUGCAAGAGGUAUCCGAUCUGCCAGAAUGCGUGGGCAGCCGUUGACCCCGAGCAUCUCCAAUGACCUGGCCCCCGGUAAUCUCGAGGCUGCGCGCAGAGAUGGCACUCGCUCCAAGAUGCAGCACAUGCUCGACCAGACCGGGAAGCCGAGCUGGGUACCCCCACCCCACGGUAUGCAAUCGCGGCCAGAACCGCAGCUCUCAGCGGUUGAGGAGGACAAAGCAGAGGAGACAGCAGCUUCUCCACCCGCGGACGAGGGCUAUUCCCGCUUCUACAGCGCGUUUGGCAGCAUCAUUAACAAGAUCAGCGCGCCAUUAGCCUUCGCCGGCCUGCCACUGGUUGCAGAGGAACCGACAGCUCAGCCCAGCCCCGUUCCUGAGCCGGCACCCCACAAGCGUAACCGCAUCAAGUCGCCUCAGCUCUCAGCGGACGAACCGGACCUCUCCAAGAUAUUUUCCCGCGCAACGGUCCGUGCCAUCACCGGUGGCUCUGGCAAUGACUCGUUCUACGUCGUGCCCACCAGCGGCCAUACCGUUUCCUACCGCGAUAUCCUGAGCUUCGACCAGAAGGAGCGACGGCGAAUGGCCGCCUCCAUGCACGGCGACGAAGAACUGAUUGAGGGCCUGGACGAGGACGACUUCGUGGACGCUAGGGAGUCCCAAGCACCUCUGUCACCGGGACUGCCCAGGAAGCGUGCCGUGAGGAGCAAGACCGAGAAAGAGUUAUACAACGCCAUCGAGGAGCUCAAGAUAGAGAACGCAAGCCUCAAGGACAUGCUAGACAAGGUAACCAAGCGGCUCCAUGCGUUCGAGGCCAGUGCCCAGUCCUCGAGGCUUGCCCUAGCGGAAAGCAUGCGACUAGUACGUCCUGGCUCGCCAUUGUCAUCCAGUGGCGGCGCCGGCGGUGCUCAGCUGUCAGACGAAGCUCUCAAGAAGAGGAACAAAGAGCUUGAGGAGGAGUUGGAGAUGGCAGCCAAACACAUCGAGACACUCGAGAAGGACUACAAUCGGGUCCAGAAGACCGUGGUUAAGUAUCGCGACAAGUGGGAUAAGUUGAAAGCUGGCGCGAAGGCAAGAAGGGAAGGAAAGGAUGCGCAGGGGUCGCUCGUAGAGGCUGCUGAGGGCUCUAGGUCGCCAGCGUGA